GGGUAUUCCCCUCUCUGAGAUUAGAUUGAAGAAGUUGUUUUUUUUUUCGAGGAGAGGCGGGGAAGGCAUCACGUUGUGAGAAUGUUGUGUUCUUGGUUUCGCAUUGGCUUGGGAUGGCUUCCCAUCCUGGUUGGAAUUUUUAUGGGCAUGUCAAUAUUUAUUCCGUAUGCAAUAUCUGUCAGUUUGGGCCAUGUUAGUGCAGGAUUCCCAUAUAUAAGUGAUACAGGAACAUACACACCAGAAAGCUGCAUAUUUGGACAACUUCUGAAUAUAACAUCUGCGUUAGCAUUUGCUUCCAUUUAUGUACGCUACAAGCAAGUCCAAGAAUAUACUAAAGAUUCUCAACCAGAAAUUGGUAAAUGGAACAAAGUGUCACUGUUCUUUGGCUGUAUUGCAGCCUUAGGAAUGAGUUUGGUCGCCAACUUCCAGGAGCUGAAUGUCCUAACUGUACAUUUGAUUGGCGCGACUGGCUGCUUCGGCCUGGGAACCGUCUACUGCUUUAUUCAAACGUCUAUAUCCUACCGGAUACACCCUCACUUCUGCACACAGACAGCCUACAGAGUUCGAAGCGUUUUAUCGUUCCUGUCACUGAUUGCUUUUGUUUUUACAAUGGUAUUUGCUUCUCUGGCUAACCAAAAAUGGGAUGGUAAUCUUGAUGAAAAAACUAAAUGGACUAAAGACAACGGCGGUUACACGGAGCAUGUACUCAGCACGACAUCAGAGUGGAUCCUAGCUUUCAGUUUUCUUGCAUUUUUCUUCACCUUCAUUCGAGAGUUCCAGAGAAUCGAACUCGAAGCUCAGUUGAAGCCGUCAACGUACUGCCUUCUCUUAGGCACCAGUCCUUCAGGUGCAUACUCAUAAAGAGACCAGUAUUAAGGCACUUAAAUGCAGCGGCAGACCAUAGGAUUAGUUAAAGUAGCCGCCGGAAGUUUUCGGGUAAAGAUGGGGUAAA